CAACACAUGAGUCAGUCACGUUAGUUGCUCUGUGUCCUGUAGUUGAAGAAGUCUCUCAGCAGGAGAUUGGGAAAUAUUACCCGUAGUUCAUCAACAAUGUCUUCAUUUCAGCAUUUGAGAGAGUUAAUGAACGAGAGACUAACUGCUGCUGCUGAAGAAAUAUUCAGAGUUUUUCACAAAACUAUCAUCGAGUAUGAAGAAGAGAUCGACCGUCAGCGCAGACUUCUGGAUAUCGUUUCGAAACCUGAAAUAAAGCUACACAGAGCAGAGCUCCCACAGCAACAUGUCUGUAAGGAGGAGGAGGUUCUCGCUGAUGAGCAGCUCUGCAACCAGGAAAGGAACUCUAGUUUAGACCAAGAGGACCCAGAGCCUCCACAGAUUAAAGAGGAAAAGGAGGAGCUCUACACCAAUCUGGAGAUAGAACAGCUGGUGCUGAAGCAGGAGACUGAAACCUUUAUGUCAACUGAUACUUGUGAGGAGAGGGAUUGGCAUUUUGUCAGCUUGUCAGUUAAAAGCUCUGAAGUACCAGAAACAACCAGUGAUGACCAGCUCCUCUCUCAUGACUCUCAUGUAACUGAGAACGAAGAUCACAAAGGAGGCAAACGAGACUCAGGAUCUACUAGAAAUACAGAGACAAAACCACAGAAGGGACAUUAUAAAACUAAAAGUCAUGGUAACAAUUUACGUAGCCCUACCACAUCAAAGAUUCAGCUGGAUACUGAAACAAGUAAAAAUGUUUUGAAGUGUGGCGCUUGUGGUAAAGCUUUUAAGUAUAUUUCCUGGUUGAAUAUACACGAGAGAACCCACACAGGUGAGAAGCCGUACCCAUGUGACACUUGUGGGAAAAGAUUUUCUCAACAGAUAGUUUUGAAAGUGCAUAUGAGAGUCCACACAGGUGAGAAGCCGUACCCAUGUAACGCCUGUGAGAAAAGUUUCUCUCGGCUGGGCUCAUUAAAAUCGCAUAUAAGAGUUCACACAAGUGAGAAGCCGUAGCCAUAUAACAGUUGUGGGAAAAGAUUUGCUAACCUGGGCCACUUAAAGGUGCAUAUGAGAGUCCACACAGGUUAGAAGCUGUACAAUUGCAAAUAAAAGUCUUUUUCUCUGGAGUUAUUCUGUGGACAGAGGACGACCGGAGUGGUUGCAAGCCAAGCUUCUACUAAUGUUUGGUGAGCAUGUUUCUCUGAUAAUGUUAGAUCCGGAUGUCUGAUGAUUAAUAUCUUUCAUCCCGUUAAAAGAUAUAGUUAAAAACAAGUAAAAUGUAUAUUCUUAAAUGUGGAUUAAAACUAGAUAAAAAAGUCAAUUUAUAACAGUUUCUAUUGGACAGCACAAAUGCAUGUACAAAGGGUUCAAUCAAUCAAUCAUAUAUAUUUAUAGCGCCAAUUCACAACAAAAGUCAUCUCAAGGUACUUUCCACAUAGAGUAGGUCAAGACCAUACUCUUUGUAUGGUUCAUGAUGCCUGAUAGGUGAUCAAAUGAAAUGAACCAUUAUCUUCAUUAAAAUUGUGGAUUUCUCUGGAUUUUUUAACAGUGUGGGAAGCAUUUGGGGUGAUUUUGGGCCUUUAAGUUUUUUAUACUGUCAACUAGAGUCUCUUUGUCUGAAGCAAUUUUAUUGUAUUUUUCUUCUUGUGAUAAGGCAGGAUAAAAUGUUAAUUAUUUACUGCUUUAGUGAUGACACUAAUUUGUUGAUAUACUACAUGGUGGUGUUUGCAGGUCGCUCUCUUAAGUUUUUAUUUAUUUCAUGUUUAUUUUCGAUUUUAUACUUGAGAUCAAAUGUUUGUUGUUUGUUUCUGUAGAGAUGACACACAUUGUAGUUGAUGUACUACAUGGUGACAUCAACACAUUUUAUUGACAAUAAAAUAUGUUUUCAAGA